GCAGCUCUCCUGCUGGAGGGCCCUGCUCCUGACUGGCCUGGUCUUUGCGUGCACGGUUCAGGGGAGAAACAAUGGCCCGCUGGACCUUGAUCGGGAAUCAGAGCCCCAGCACCGACACCAACCGGCCCGCGGGACAUGGACACACUGGGGCAGCUGGAGUGCUUGUUCCAGCACCUGUGGGGACGGCGUCUCCUUCCGGAUCCGGAGGUGUAUCAGGCUUCCUGGAGAAGACCCUUGCAGAGCGGAGGCCAGGCAGUAUCAUGUUUGUGAGCGGGAAGCCUGCCCAGCUGGCGCUGUCCCCUUCAGGGCAAUGCAGUGCGCCCUCUACAACAGCAGGCCCGUCCCAGGGGGGCAGGCCCAGUACCAGUGGGUCCCCUUCCAUGGAGCUGCCAACCUCUGUGACCUAAACUGCCUGGCGGUGGGACACAAUUUUUACUACAGCUUUGGCCGAGUCCUGGACGGAACCCUCUGCAGCCCAGCGUCGCCAGAUCUCUGCAUCAGCGGCCGGUGCUUGACAGCCGGUUGUGAUGGGAUCCUGGGCUCCGGGGCACUGGCCGAUGCCUGUGGCGUCUGUGGGGGCCGGAGCGAGUCCUGCGUCUUCGUCCAGGAAGCCUUCCGGGUGGCGAUUCCCGCCUCUGGUUUCUUUGGGUACAGGAAUGUGACCCGGAUCCCGGCUGGAGCCAGACAGAUCAGGGUGAUCGACCACAGCCGCAACUACCUCGCCCUGAUGGAAGCAGACCAGCACUAUGUCCUCAAUGGGGAGUGGGCUGUGGAUCGGCCAGGCGCAUUCGAGGCAGCAGGCACCCAGUGGCAUUACACUCGCACGGAUAACGGUCACGAGACCCUUGAGGCGGCUGGACCCACAAGCGAGGAUCUGUUUAUCAUGGUCCUUUUUCAGGAGGAGAACCUCAGCAUAGACUACCAGUACUGGGGGCCAAGGAAGCAGAUCCCCCACCCUGCACAGGGGGAGGGCCAUGCUCUGCGCCAGCCCCAGGCCAGAGAGGUAGAGGCCCAGCACCCAGAAGAGCCUGCGCACUUUCCUGAAGCCACAGCAGCGAUGCAACGUUUCACCAAGGCCCAGGAGAUGGCCAACGAGGUGCUGCAGAAGGUGGUCACCCCAGCACCGAGGACUCCUACAGCGCCAGGACGGUGUGGGAAGUGCGACCCGCUGAGAGGGAAGUCGCAACGCCUUCACCACUACUGCAACAGCGACUUCGUCUUCCGAGCCCGGAUCCUCUCGAAGCGCUACGUCGGCUCCGAGACGCGCUACGAUGUGCAGGUGCAGCAGACCUACCACAACCGCUUCCCGCUGCGCUCGCGCGAGUACGUCUGGGUGCCCAACAUCUGCGACUGCCCCCACCUGCUGGAGCGGCGCGAGUAUCUGCUCAUGGCACGGAACCACGUCAACUUCGAGCAGACCCUCAACCGGCUCCUGUUGCAGCGCGACGGCUACGCCCGGCCCUGGUCGCCCCGCGAGGACCUGCAGCUACGAGACGCUGCCCUGCAUUGCCAGCCCGGCCCGCCCGCCUGA